AUGGGAACAUCAAAGAAGAAGGCGGUGGUAACACCCAAGAAACCCAAGAAGAAGAGGGAGAAGAAGCGAGAAACAGAAAGUCCGAGUGAAGAACAUCGGAUCGUCACUGUGACCCUCAACGAGCACACAUACACAGGGUAUGUGAAGACAAACAGCAUCGGCAAAAGAUGCUUUGAUGCUGUGUCUGCCAAGUACCAGUGGAAGAAUGGCACUCAAUACGAAGGGCCUUUUGUACAAAGCGAUAUACAGGGCCACGGUAAGUACACGUGGCCCGACGGCUCUUCGUAUCAAGGGAACCUGCUGAAUGGAAGGCGACAUGGGCAUGGAGUCUUCCUUGCAGCGGAUGGGGUCACCAAGUACGAGGGCCAGUGGGAAAACGGCAAGCGACACGGCAAGGGCCGCCUUGUUUACGACCGCGCCGGUGAGUCCUUCUACGAAGGAGAGUGGCAGGAUGGCUGCAAGCAUGGCCAUGGACGGCAGGUGUGGCCUAGCAAGAACACCUACGAAGGGCAUUGGGAUCAGGGCCGCAUUCAUGGCUUCGGAACCAUGACAUGGUCUGAGAACGGCAUGCUGGAGUGCUACACCGGAGAAUGGGCCAAUGACAUGCCCGAGGGCCAAGGUAAGUAUACCUGGCAUGUCCGGGACGAUGGGAGGGAAGGCCAAGGUCCCAGGAAAGAGAUGCCUUCGCAGCAGUCCAACAACAGCUUCGAAGGCCUCUGGCAAAAAGGACUUCGAUCAGGUUACGGAACUUUCAACUUUGCCAGCGGCGCUCAGUACAAGGGCCAAUGGUCGGAGAACAUUAAGCACGGAGAAGGCCGGUACACCUACGAAGAUGGCCGGGUGUACACAGGAGAGUUCGUCAUGGACAACAUGGCCAAGGACAGCACUGCUAGUGAGAUUCCUGCAGAGGCAUCGACUCAGUUCCUCAACGUCGGCGGGGCCGAGAACCCGGUGCGGCGGUGCGUAGAGAUCAACGACCUCACGGGCUUUUGCCUUCCCAACGACCGGACGAUCACGGAUCCAACCGAGCUCACCGGCUAUACGGACCCCACGGAGGUUUUCCGAGAAAUCUACAAUAUCUUGUUGCGGCAAGUGGGGGAUCUCAAGAAGGUCUAUGCCAAAGUGCGGAGGAUCAUCCAGAGACCCGGCGACGACCCUUGGGUCAUGUAUGCCUUCCAACUCUGGAUGCUCCUCCGAGACACCGGAAUGCUGACUCCCGAAUGCCCGCUCAGUCGGGUGAACAGGUACAUCAUGUCCGGCAUGAGGCGGCACGGAGAGGCGUUUCACGAAGACCUACAGGAGCUACGGCCCCUCACGCCGAGGCCAUCCGUGAUGAGCUCGCGAGAUGCCAAGCAAGGCAAGGCAUCCAAGGAGAACUCAGGAGAGGCGACCGAGGCCACAGAUGAAGACGACGACUACGACGACGAAGAGGAGGGCGAGGCAGAGGAUAGCUUCAUGCACGACGAGGAGAACGAGGACGAUGGCGACGAUAGAAACAGCGCCCGGACACGACAAAGCCGAGUUAGCAGGGCGAACAGCCGGGUCAGUCGAGUGAGUCGAGGCACCAACCGUACCAUGGGUGAGGGCGCUGCUCAACCUGGGCGCCGUCCCACCAUCCAAUCCUUGGGCACCAGGCAGUUUGGAUCCAGUGGCCCCAUGGACUUCUUCUUUGAUCAAAGCAAGUUUUGGCGAUUAGGAGAUGCCGAAGCUAGCGAGAAGAUCUUGGAUGUGCAUGCCCCGACAACCGCGCUCAUGUUCCGCCAUUUCCUCGAGGCGCUGGUGAGAAUGGCUCCCGCGGCCUACCCUGAGAACCAGGGCCUGGAGUCGAUGCUCAAGGCGCUUCUUCGUGAACGGUUCUUGCCAAAGGUGGAGCAGCCUAUCGGCGUGGAGUCCUGCGGCACUUUCGAGUUCUUGGCAGACGGCCAGCUUCAGCAGGUCUUCGCGAACUUUCAGACGAAGCUUUGGGAGCUGUUCAAAGACAACACGACAGGAUUUGGCGCCUACGAGUUGCCACAGUGGGCACACAUCCUGGACUUGGACGCCGACGAAGGAUCAGACUGCAGCUCCUGCAUGUGGAAUGACACCGCCGAGCAGGUCCACAUUCAGGGCCGAAUGUGCGUCAGCAUCAGAGUGAAGGAUGCCCGGAGUCUGGCCCAGACUCUGGUCUCCGUCUCCGAGCUCUUCACAGCUCCGCUCAGGCCUAGAGGCCUCCGGCUUCGGAGCAUCUGCAGGGCGAGCCCGGAGGAUUACUGGAAGGUCCUGGGCGUUCCCUCUGGCACCAGCGUCAAGGAAGUCAAGAGAGUUUACCGUCGGCGUGCCAAAGAAGAGCACCCCGAUGUGAACAAAAGCCCCGGCGCCUUGAAGCGUUGGCAAAGGCUGUCGGAGGCCUACGGAAAGUUAAUUGACCCGGAGUACCGAAAAAAGUGGAGUGAGGAAGAGGCGAGACGCUCGGCGCGGACUCAGGAAAGUCGCAGAACCUACACCUCCAACCCGGGGACUUCCACAAAGAGGGCGGAUGAUAUCCGAGAGCCACCAGCCCCAGGCUUCCCGAAGACGAGGGACGCAAAGAAGUGGGCCGCCGCCGGCUGGGAUGCUUUUCAGGACAUCCUGCGUCGGGCAGAGUCGCUCCGUCAGCCACGGGGAUACAGAGACGCUUCCGCCUUCCGAGAGCUCCGGGCUUCCCAGGAAGAUUUGGCAAAAGCCCAGCAAAAGCUGAAGCAGCUCAGCUCGGAUGAAGAGUACUACCUGAACUUGACGGACUCCUACCGGCGCAGCGGGCAGAAGAGGGAGGAGCUGCGAGCAGGGCUCAGGACACUCGAGAUACGUGAGGAGUUGAAGAAGCUCCGAGCACGAAUCAACAGUCUGUCCGAGCAAGCGGACUACUGGCGCAGUGUGUCCGACGUUUUGCACAUCCUGAACUAUGCGAACCUGCUGUGCAUCGGCAGCAUUCAGUCCUGCAUCGACAACCCAACGGGCAGCGUGUUCACGGUACAGCAAGAAGAGCCAACAUUGGCAGAGCCGGUCGAGCGGCCGAUCACAAGCAGCUCUCCCGGCACCACUCCCAUCGAGGAGCUCGGUUCCCUCAGAGGGGCCAUGGGCGACAUGCCGUCUCAGACCCCGGCAGAUAGUGCACCUCCUAUCAACAUGGAUGCUUUGGAUCCGCGCAGCCAAACGCCUGCGGGGGAAUCCACCGCAACUGGCGAG